AUGAUUCCUUAUGGCCUAGAGGCCCCUCCAUUCGUUCCCAAAGCCAAUUGCUUGAUUACUGAUCAGAUUCAUGACCCGUAUGUGGUGCUUCAAAUGGGAAUGAGUAUUCUCCUUCCUAAAGAUGUCUGCGUUUAUCAGGAGCUAGAUUCCUCUGAACUCGAUGCUCAGAUCAUUCGAAAUGCCAUGCAAGCCAUUGGUGAGCUUCAUGGCCACUCUAGUAUUGCUCGGCUCCUUCUCUUCUAUGCCAGAAUACUUUUCGGGAUUGUCGAUCACACCCAGGGAACUGGAAUUUCCAACUCUGGCCUUGUUUGUUUUAACCGUCGCCUUCUUGCCAUGUUCGAGGAUGAUCUCCCUUACCAAGUUUGUAUCACUCCCUCCAAUGACCUUGAGACAGUCAGUUGUUACGACUUCCAGGGUCAGCUCCGGUCCGCCAUGAUUGUUCACCCCAAGCUCGACCCAGUCUCGGGAAAGCUCUUUGAUCUCUUCUACGAUGUCGUUCAGAAGCCAUACCUUAAGUAUUAUAGCUUCUCCCCAGAUGGCUGGAAGUCACCUGACAUCGAGAUUCCUGUUGAUGAGCCCACCAUGAUGCACGACUUCGCAAUCACUGACAGGUUUAUGGUGAUACCCAAUCAAUAG